ACCGAACCGGCAAUAAUUCUUCAGUUGGAUUUCAGAACAUCGAACGGGCGGGCGUGUGUAGGAUGGAGCGCUAACGACACCAGUAAUUUUUAAUUCCGCCUUCUAACAGUGUUUGUUUAUACCUUCCGGCACGUUUUCCGUAAAUCCUUCUCGACGGUGGUGCUUUAUCAACUUUUUAGUUUCGGCGUUUAUUUUCCAUUAUCUUCAACAAAGCGCCGUUCCGAUUUCUCGUCGAGAAGGCGGCCGCACAAGUUUGAAAGCGGCUUUUCAAGAGUAGUACCACCUACUCGAUAAUUUUGUUGUCGUUGUAUAUUCAGGAAAAUAUCAAUAUCAAAAUGGUGAAAAAGAUCUCAGAAGAAAGUGUAGAUAGCGGCGUGGGUCGCGGCAGCAGUCAGUCAGGCAGCGAGCGCGAGACGGAGGAGGUUGUGAGGGGCCCGGAGGCGUCAGCGCCGGUGCCGAUCCCCGAUAGCGAGGAGCUGCAGCGCCGCAAGGAAGAGGCGCGCAGGAAACGCCGCAGGAAGAAGCGCUCCGGCAGCUCGGUGGUCACAUCGUGUUUCCAAGACUUGUACAAGUUAACCGGCGAGGUGCUCGGCGAAGGCGCGUACGCCUCGGUACAGACAUGCGUGAACAUCUACACGGGCCAGGAGUUCGCCGUCAAGAUCAUCGACAAGGUGCCGGGGCACGCCCGCGCCCGGGUCUUCCGCGAGGUGGAGACCUUUCACUACUGUCAGGGCCAUCCGAAUAUAAUCCAGCUCAUUGAAUUCUUUGAAGACACCGACAAGUUCUAUCUUGUCUUUGAAAAGAUCAACGGCGGCCAGCUCCUAUCACGCAUACAGGAGCACCAAUUCUUCUCAGAGCCGCAAGCAGCGGAGAUAGUGCGGGAGAUAGCGAACGCACUGCACUUCCUCCACGGCAAGGGCGUGGCCCACAGGGACCUGAAGCCCGAGAACAUUCUGUGCGUGUAUCGGGACAGGCUCUGCCCGGUGAAGAUAUGCGACUUCGAUCUGGGCAGCGGUAUAAGCUUCACGUCGAGCCUCGCUAGCCCGCUGGCCACGCCUCAAUUGAUGACACCGGUCGGCAGCGCGGAGUUCAUGGCGCCGGAGGUGGUGUCGCUGUUCGCGGGCUCCGCGGCGACGCACUACGACAAGCGCUGCGACCUGUGGUCGCUGGGCGUCAUCGCGUACAUCCUGCUGUGCGGCUACCCGCCCUUCCGCGCCAACUGCGGCGCCGACUGCGGCUGGGAGCGCGGCGAGAACUGCCGCGCGUGCCAGGACCUGCUCUUCACUUCUAUACAGGAGGGCAGAUAUACAUUCCCGGAAGAGGAGUGGGGGGGCAUAUCGCACGAGGCGAAGGACCUGAUCCGGCAGCUGCUCGUGCGCGAGGCGUCGCACCGGCUGAGCGCCGAGCGCGUGCUGCAGCACGGCUGGCUGCGCGCCGCGCGCACCGCGCCCGCCCGCCCGCUGCAGACGCCGCUCAACAUCAAGCGGAACAUGUCGGCACGCAACUUAUCCAACUUCGCGGAGUCAGCGAUGGCGGUGAACCGAGUGAUCCAGCAGCACUUCUCGAUGAACUACUCGUACAUGGAGCGGCCGCCGCUGCGCUGCACCAAGUCGUGCCAGCCCGACCGGCUCAUCGAGGAGAUUGAGCGGGCAGGUGUAGCCCUGCAAACCAUGGCGGUGAGCGGCGACUACUGCGCGCCACUGGGGCUGUCGCCGCCCACCGAGUCGCAGCUGCUGCGGCGCCGCCUGCAGGACAAGCCGCUGCCCGUGCACUAGCCGCCGGCCGCCCGCUGGCUGCUAGCCGCCGGCUAGCCACCGGGCACGUGCUGCUGGCUGCUAGCCGCCGGCUAGCCACCGGGCACGUGCUGCUGGCUGCUAGCCGCCGGCUAGCCACCGGGCACGUGCUGCUGGCUGCUAGCCGCCGGCUAGCCACCGGGCACGUGCUGCUGGCUGCUAGCCGCCGGCUAGCCACCGGGCACGUGCUGCUGGCUGCUAGCCGCCAGCUAGCCACCGGGCACGUGCUGCUGGCUGCUAGCCGCCAGCUAGCCACCGGGCACGUGCUGCUAGCUGCCGGCUGCGGGCUGGCUGCAUCCGCCAGCUAGCCACCUUCCGAUGGCCGCUAGCAGUCAGCCGUCGUACUAGCCAGCUGCUCCCGCAAUGCCCUAGCUUCACUGAACAUUGAUGAUAAUAACUAGUGUCUGGACAGAUGAAGACAAAAUAUUCAUUGAUUUAAACUGAAAUAUGUAGACGGUGAAUUGAAAAUAGAAAUAUUAUUCACUACAUAAUAUGUAACAGUUGAAAAACUAACUGUACCUGAAAUAAAGUUCAUGUGCCUUUAAUCUUCUGACUUGUGCCUAAACAAAUAGAAUGGUACUUCUACACACUGAUUUUGAAAACAGAAUGUUUUAUCCGUGACGACGCAGCAGAAUAGUGAAGCUAGGGUUCUAUAUAUAUGCGUCAACAUCGCUACGUUGUUAGAGCGAAUCUUAACUGUAGAGUAUCUACCGUCGCAAGAUUACCGACUAGCCCGACACCGGGCGGCCGUCAGCGCUCAUGUUGGUUAAUAUGAAAGACGACUAAAAAAUAUACUAGAUCACCGAGUUUAUGGCCAAUACUGAGCGUCUGAUCAUCCAAAUUCACCCCGUAAGCCGAGUGUGCGCAGUAUUCGGCGAAUGUUGAAGCGAUGCGGCGAGACGCGGCUGUGCCCGUCACAUUCCAUCGAGCACACGUCCAAUGUGAUAUCGAGUGACGAGCGAUCCAUCGUGAAACUAUCCGACACGCGACGCGCCAGUCGCACUCCGGUCGCACGGCUGUGGAGUCGCAUGUAGACUGUGCCAAUGGUUAUAUCCACCAGUGAUAGAUCCGAUCGCAAUUCUACUGUGAACGGUACUUAGAACUGUAACAGUUUUAUUUGAGCCUUUUAAAGAUAUAUUUUUAUGAAUAAAUAAAAACGACUGAAUAGUUUUUAUCGAUGUAGAGUAUUUUGUGAGUUUAUGUUGAGGCGGCCCGCCGCCGAGACCGUCCCCGGUCGAUAAAAUCGUAUUAUAUUGAGAUAGUUGUGCUGAUCUACAUACUUUAUUACUGCUACAGAUAAAUAUUUUUUUUUUUGGAUUUAUGAAAUCCGUUAUGAAAUUGAGCUUGUGUGAUUGCCUUUUGUUCGUGGCCUAUCCAGCAAUAAAAUUAAAUUUUUGUUAACUACGAUAGCGUUUUCGGAUACUAGUCUGUAUAUGUGAUUGUUUUUGCAUUUUUACCAACGAUGGAAAAACCACAUCUCAUUAAGUAAGAUUCAAUCAAGAUAAGUUUUUUAUAUGAGAGUUAUAAGGACAAUAAGUGACAUUGAUGCCUUCGUCAAAUAUUUUAUGUCGUGUUUUGGUGCAAUACUGCAUUGCUUUAUACAUUAGAAUAUUAGUCCCCGUGCGAACUAACACUCGAAUAUGUAAAGGAAUGUACGUCGAUCAAAUAGUGGUUGUAUAUUUGGCGGAGUUUACGGUAGUUCAGAGUGUAAUUGUGCAAAGAUCUUGUGACGUGUUUUUUUGUUUACUUUGGGCACUGAAGGGCUGUAGAGAUGUCAUAUGUUAUUGACUUAUACUGUGUUGGUUAAGUGUUGCAUGGGGUUCCAUGGGACUGCCAUAAUAUUGUGAUCAGUUUGAAUACUUUUAUAUUGCUGAAAGAAUGAAAUGUUAAGCUAAUGUUAAGAUAGACAUGCUAGAUUGUAAUCCUGCGUACACUGAUUGGAAAAAGUAACACGUAGCGAUAUAUUGUUGAUAUUGUUUUAUAUGAAAUUAUUGUCAUUAUUUUUCUCAAGUAAAAUUUAUUUACCCAACCCGGUGGCUUUAUCCAAUCAAAUCUAAUUAUUUACGCAGAAUUUGUUAAAUUUUUUGUUUACAACUAAAAUUUUGAUUUAAAACUGUCAUUGAAAUACAAAAUGUUUGAAUUUCA